UUGAGCUGCUUUCAUGCAACCGACUUAGGGCUAAAUUCAGCCAGGAUAACCAACAUAUCCCGGCUUAAUCCCUUAUCUUGGUUUCAUGCAAUACCCCUCUAGAGUUUUUAUUAAUCAUUUGAUUUUGUUUGUUUAUAGGUGCCAACCUCCUUGCUACUGCCGCUUUGUUCCAGGAUACUGAUUUUAGCUGUUACCAGUGGUUGGUGUGGAGGUCUCACAGUGGCGACAGCAGACAGGACUGGGUGUGGAGUGGGGUGGCCCAUCACCGCAUCGUCUGUGAUGGUUUUGCUUUUAUUAUUUAUGUAUAGUGGAAUAUAGGUUGCUGUGGUUUUCUUGAAUUUAAUUGGUUUUAUUGCAUGUUGUUUUUAACGAAGCGGAUUGGGCCCGCUUGGUAUUCACAUUCCACUUUGACCUUUUCUUUCUGGUUAUAGUUGUCGCCAGUGGGGUGGCCCCUCCCUCCUGCUAUGGAUUAGGGUUGUAUUUUAUUUUGUAUUUCUUUGUAAUAAACAUUGUGAUCUUGAAGGGAUAAGUUGCCUCCGCCCGUCCUUUACUAAACAGGAUUCCGUAUUGGUAGGAUCUGGGCGCUUAUUUAUGGUAAUCGCCUAGGAAAGAACCAUUGCUUUUCUGGUUUGCUGGACCUUAGCGCACGGUCACAUACUCAUCACAUCAACGGUGUGUUUAUCCCACAUUCUUUCCUUUGUUCGGAACCAGAGCGUUGGUCUUUCUACACGGGGUAUUUGGCCCAGACCCGGCGGCAUGGGCGGGCAUUGGGGGGCCGUGCCCGCCCAUGGACUCAGCUAUGCCCGCCCUGGACUAAAAGCAGUUUUUCGUUAUUUUAUUUGGGUCUGGGUUUUGUUUUUUUAAUCGGAGUAUCCAUCUUCCUUUCAAACUAUCUAUCUUGAUGUGUCAAUCCUACAAUCCAACCAAUGAACAAAGGCAACAUGUUAGCCAAUUACAAACGGAGGGGGGCGGGUCAUUAGGUCAAACAAUUAAGCUCACCGCUCCGGUUGCUGUGAGAUUAGCUGCUUUUUGCAGUCGUCGGUAUGAACAUACUACAUUAUUUCCAAAAAAAAAUAGAAGACGGACAGGUGGGAGCGAGCAGAAAGUAGUGCCAUACAGCUCCACUUCUAAUGGAAACAUAAGGACCGUUGUCAACAGUAACACUGGAGUAAACAGUCAUGCUAGGAGGGUUAGCCACAGCAGCUAGGGAGCACAAGGAGCAGCACCAAGCAGCAUGACUCAUCUGCAUGAUGGAAUAAACGUGAGUGACGUCGUCAACAACAACAUAAGCACCGAGGUUCACAGCAACAUUACAGCUGUGAGGAACAGAAACACGCCAUUGCAGCCUAGUGACCUUGGCACAGAAAAGCCUCAAAGACCACUUAUGCAGAGCUUUCCUUCGCGCCUUUUCUCUGGAAAAAAAGGGUGAUUCUGCAGUUCGUGGUAUGGAAGCUUUCCCUGGCUGGAGUAUUCGGUUCAAGCAGAUGCUGCAUACUGCUAUCCAUGCAGGAUGUUUCAGGGACCCAGACCCACUGAUUCAACUUUCAGUGUAACUGGUUUCCAUGACUGGAAACAUGCAGUGGAAACUGGAAAGGGACUGAACAAGCACGCUGGCUCCAAAGAGCACUUGACUUGUGAGGCUAUGUGGAAGGACAAGGAAAGACGCAUUCACACAAGUAAGGAAAUAUCUACUUUAAUUAACACUGACCAACUACAGCACAACAGAUAUUAUGUGUCUGCAAUUAUUGAUGUUGUGGAGUUCCUUGCUGUGAACCAGCUGCCCUUUAGAGGUGACCACGAUGCAUUCAUUGGAAUGAAUAAGGAUGGAUGUGGGCUAUUUUUAUCUCUAUUUGAGUUUUCAUUAAGGAAGGAUGCUGAAUUAGCAAAGAUAGCAAAAACUAUUCCUCGCAAUGCAACAUACACAAGUCAUGACAUUCAAAACGACUUAAUAGAUGUCAUGAGUGCUUUGGUGAGAGAGCAUAUAGUGGAAAAAGUUGGUGAAUCCUUCUACACAUUAAAAGCAGAUGGAACCAGAGACCCAACCGGAAGAGAAAAUAUCGCCAUAGUUCUCCGCUUUCUUAAUGACUUGUGUGAACCAACUGAGCGCCUGCUAACAAUAGCCACAGCUGACCAGGGAGAUGCGGUUACAUUGACUGACACCAUCAUAGGAGAACUGAUCAAUGCUGGCCUGAGCCCUGAGAACAUCAUCAGUCAGGUGUAUGAUGGUGCCUCCCUCAUGUCGGGUAAUCAUGGAGGAGUACAGAAGCUGCUUCAGGAAAAACUGGAUAAAGCGAUACCAUAUGUUCACUGUUAUAACCAUCAGCUGCACUUGGUGGUCACCCAUGCCCUGGCCGUUGAAAAGGCUGUGAUGGACUUCUUCAGUGUGUGUAACAUGUUGUACAAGUUCUGCAGAAGACCAACUGUCACCAUUCUCUACAAAGGAGAGACACUCAAGCGCCUUUUGGACCAACGUUGGAGUGGACAUUUUGCAACAGAUUUAGUUGUUUCAGUCAUUCUGAAAUCAUUUGAUGACCUAUCCACCCUGCUCCAAGAGAUCACCAGCAACUGGGCAUUUGGAGCAGAUCUUCGCAUUGAAGCAGCAGGAUUGUGGCGGAGCAUGUCUGAGCCCAGCUUUAAGUUCAUGGCUAAGAUGGUGCACAAGAUCCUUGCUUAUCUUGACCCCCCAAACAAGAUGUUGCAGUCUGAAGACAUGGACCUGCUGACAGGUUUUCAGCUCAUCAGGAGUGCAUGCUCCUGUCUUGAGAAGAUCCGCACUGAGACAGAAUUCCAGGCAAUCCUGACCCAGUGUGUCACAACAAGGCCAUCAAAGAGACGGCGCACACAGAACUCUACCCUUGCUGACUAUGUGGUUUAGGAAAUCAACACACAUGCAGACUGCAAUGAUGAAACAGAGCUACAUAGGAUUUAUUACAGUUGCAUUGACUCAGUAUGUGGGGAAAUGAAAAAUCGCUUCGGGAAACAUAAUUGUGACCUGAUGGAGGCACUCAAUGCCCUGGAUCCUGCACAAGCCACAUUCUUGGAUGUGCAAGGUGAAGCCUUUACUUGACCUGACCAAGACAGCGGCUGUGGAUUCUGAAUUAGGAGUGGCUCGCAACUUUCUUGAGAAACAUAUAAAAGAUUCUUCUCCACCAGAUGAGGGAAAGUGGACAAUGAAACAGAUUCUGAAACAGUUCCAGAGGCCCCUGGAAGCAAUGCCCACUGUCUUCACUGCAUUUAAAAUUGGACUGACUUUUGGAGCCAGCACUGCAUUCAGUGAAAAUUUAUUUUCCACUCUUAAAAAUGUCUUCACAGAGCAUCGCCUAACUAUGCUUCAUCAGCGCAAGGCCAAUCUCAUCCAGUUGGCAUUUGAGAAGGACUUGACUCGGAAAUUUAGGAACGAGUGGAAGGACAGGGUUUUAAGAAGGUUUCACACUGUCCACAAACGCCGCCUGCCACUCUAUUGAAAGUGGUUAAAUCUUUGCUCCAUCCUUUCUCACACACGCUUCACAGUUACUUCAUUGAUCCUCCUGGUCAAUUUAACUUGCAUUACUUGCAGGCAGAAGGGUCAGCUGCUUAGUUCUGCUCCUUGUGCUCCCUAGCUGCUGUAGCUACCAUCCCCAGCUUGAAUAUCUGAUCCAGUGUUCAGAUUUUGCUUAUUUUUAAAAGAGAAGUGAAGCUGUAUGGUGCUGCUCUCUGUAUGACCCAGCCCCUGUUGCUGUUCUUGAGUUUUGAGUUAAUUAAAUGGACCCAGCAAGAUCUUUCCAGAAUAAAAAGGGGUGAGAUAGUUUAAAUUCUCGUGGAAGGAAGGAAAACAUUUUACAUUUCCAUAAAUCUAGAAGACUCAUUUCCAAAGAGUUUCAUUUACUGAUGAACGCUACUCUGGAUGGUCCAGAUGGAUGGAGGUCUGGAUGUUGGCGGAUGGACAUUAUUUCCCAACAAGGCUGCCACGUCAACAAGGGGGUGGUGGAGGAAUUCUUCUGGGGCUGGAAUAAUGGUUAGUGAGAUGCUAGGUCCCUUUAGGACAAAGAUCCCCAACUCUGGUCCUUAAGGCCUGUUAUCCUGCAGACUUUCUAUGUUUCCCUGCUGCAACACACCUGACUCAAACUAUUAAUGGUCAGUAGCAGACUUGUGCAGAAUUUGUCAGAGAUCCAUUUAAUUAGAAUCAGGUGUGCUGCAGCAGGGAGACAUCUAAGACCUGCAGGAUAGUGGUCCUGGAGGACCAGGGUUGGAGACCACAGCUCUAGGGUGUGGGAGGGUGUCAGAAUGACCUCUGGUAAACAUGUGCAGUUUCCAGCGGACAGUAGGAACAGAGGAGCAUUUCUGCUGCAGUAAAGCCAGCGCUCCAUCCAUGACGCAGGAAUACCUGCAGAAUCUUUGGCUGCUGUGGGUAUAAAAGGAGAAAAACUGAUGGUGUGGCCACCAUCAUCUCCUGACCUCAACCUUGUUGACAACCUGGAGCAUCUUUAACAAGAAGGUCUAUGAGGGUCGGGGGCGGUAGACCUAAAAACAACAACUUUAGGAAAAUAAUAAACACAAACA